ACAUUUGGUAUCCAAAUUCCAUUGCUACUCUUAAAACAAGAAACCUUAAUCCUUGGAUACACCAUUAUUAUUAUUGUUAUUUUGUCUUCACCCAUUAUCCCUUCUCUCUACAUAAUCACUUACUUCCUCUAAUUCCACAAUCAAUGUUGAGAAUUUGUUCUUAUUCAUGGCCAAUACAACCAAUUUUCCAAGCAUUGCAAAGUGCGACUCUAGGGGCCGACAAGCCCACACCCUGGUCGCCGACAUGGACGGAACAUUGCUUAUAGGCCGCAGCUCCUUCCCUUAUUUCGCUCUUAUGGCCUUCGAGCUCGGCGGCCUUUUCAGGCUUCUGGCCUUGCUUCUGGCCUCUCCCUUCGUGGGCUUGCUUUAUUAUUUUGUGUCCGAAUCUGCUGGCAUUCAGAUUAUGAUAUUCGUGACCUUCUGUGGGGCUAAGAUUUCGAGUAUUCACUCCGUGGCACGUGCGGUUCUUCCUAAGUUCUACUCCACCGACCUCCAUCCUGACACGUGGCGGGUGUUCUCCGCGUGUGGGAAACGCUGCGUUUUGACUGCCAAUCCGACGGUUAUGGUGGAGCCGUUUCUUAAGGAGUUCUUGGGAGUUGAUUUGGUGUUGGGGACAGAGAUUGUUGCGACGGAGAGUGGACGGGCGACUGGGUUGGUCGGGCGGAAGGGUGUGUUGGUGGGGACCAAGAAGGCCGACGCUCUUAAGGUUCAAUUUGGUGAUGUUCCGCCGGAGAUUGGACUCGGCGAUCGCCUUACCGAUGUUCCUUUCAUGUCCUUGUGCAAGGAGGCUUACAUGGUGCCGCCGACUCCGGCGGUGGAGCCGGUGGCGAGCGACAAAUUACCCAAGCCUGUUAUCUUCCACGACGGCCGAUUUGUUCACAAACCAUCUCCCUUUUUAGCCCUUCUCACAAUUCUCUGGUUUCCAAUCGGCUUUCUUCUCGCUUGCCUGAGAAUCGCCGCCGGCUCUCUCCUCCCAAUGCCACUCGUCUACUACGCCUUCUUAGUACUCGGCGUACGUGUCACCGUCAAAGGUAACCCACCGCCGUCCCCCAAUUCAUCCGGCCAAAACUCCGGCGUCCUAUUCGUCUGCUCCCACCGUACCCUCCUCGACCCAAUUUUCCUUUCCACGGCCCUCCGUCGUCCCAUCGCCGCUGUCACCUACUCUGUUUCCCGGCUGUCGGAGUUCAUCUCUCCGAUAAAAACCGUGAGGCUAACUCGAGACAGAGCCACAGACGCGGCCACCAUCAAGAAGCUUCUAAAAGAGGGGGAUUUGGCCAUUUGUCCCGAGGGGACCACGUGCAGAGAGGCGUAUCUGCUGCGAUUUUCGGCUCUGUUUGCAGAACUGACGGACGAGGUAGUACCGGUGGCUAUGGUGAACAAAAUGAGCAUGUUUCAUGGGACUACGGCAAGGGGUUGGAAAGGAAUGGACCCGUUUUACUUUUUCAUGAACCCAAGACCGGCGUAUGAGGUCACAUUUUUGGAGAAAUUGCCGGUGGAAUUGAGUCGGAGUUCGGGUAAAUCGAGCCAUGAGGUUGCUAAUUACAUUCAGCGGCGGAUUGCGGCGGCGCUCUCUUAUGAAUGCACUGGUUUUACCAGGAAGGAUAAGUAUCGAGCUCUUGCCGGGAACGACGGAAUUGUUGAAGAAAAUAAAAAGACUUCCGUUAAAGUCAAUAAGAUUAUGGGAUGCUAAGAUAUUAAUUAUCAUACACGAAUGUGAAAGCAACAUUAAUAUUGAUACAUGAAUCAAGAUAAUUCACAUA